GUGCAGGGGGCACCAGCUGAAAGAUUCCUCUUGGAACGAGACUGUGGGCUGCGCAGUUUGGUCUGAGACAUGGUGAGUAAGAGAGUCAGAGAGGGGAUAUUUGGGGUAGAGGGCAGAGGAUGGAAUGAGAAAAGGUCCCAGAAAAUAUUGGGAAAGCAGGCUGGUUAUUGAUCUCAGGUGAAGAAGAGCUGCUUAACAGGUGAAUCUGGGCAAUGGAUCAGUUUCCCCUUCGCAAGGAUGUUCAAGGCUAGAUGCACAGCACAUUCCUUUACACGACUCCCAUGAAUUCAGUGGGGCUUACUUCCAGGUAAGUGGGGUAAGGACCGCAGCCUACAUGAAUCAGGGGGAGCUGAUUUGAAUCAGAGGAGGCUGAGAAGUUUUACAGCAGUUCAUGUCUGUUCCCUGAGGUUUUGGAAGCAUGCAAAUUAUCCCACAAGUUAGUGGGAAUGCAGGUUCUUUAACUGGUUCGUUUGGAUACUUGAAAUAUUCCUUGCUCGCCCAAAGAUUUCAGGGCAGGGAACCCAAAGUGUGAAUAUCAUUAAACACACAUGAUGCAUAGAUACAAGUUAAAUCCGGGUAAUGAUUAUAAAGAAAAGACAACCCCUCUCCCCAUAAAAGCUUAAAAACAGAAGAGUCCACCUACAAUCUAAAACGUGUCUCCUAUAAAAGGUGUGUCUCCUAUGAAAGGGCCACCUGCUUUGCAGGUGAGCCUGGAAACCUGGAGAGCUGCUGCCAAUCCGUGUAGACAAGAUUGGGUGGGAUGGACCAGUGGUCAGACGCAGUCUAAGACAGCAUCUUAUGUAAGCUCCCCACCCAGCCACAUCCAAUUAAGCUGAAUGGUUUGGGGUUCAGGACAGAACCAAAGGAAAGUCCUUCAUAUAAUUCAGGGGUGGCCAACACCCAAGAGACUGCGAUCUACUCAUAGAGUUAAAAACUGGCAGUGAUCUACCCCAUUUUGGGGGGGUUCAGUUCAAAGUUGUUGAACUUUUUUAAGGAAGGAAAGCCCUGUUUUUGCGGUUCAGGUCAAAGUUGUUUAGCUUCUUUGGGGGGAGUCAGUGAUCUACUGGUGAUCUGCCACAGACGUCCAGUGAUCUACCGAUAGAUCACGAUCUACCUGUUGGACGUGCCUGAAAUUCAUAGUGAGGCUGUGGAAUUGACUCCUUCCGCAAGUUGUGGUUCUGGCAACGAACUUCGAGGACGAAGGCUACCCAAGAGGAUUUGGCCAUUUCCCCAGGUGCCCGGCUCGAAAACAGUGCCGGCCUGAGUCCCCAGUAUGCCCACGGGCAACUGAGAAAGACCCUGAUCUGAGAUCUUGGAAAGUCCAGCCAGUAGAUGUAGGCAGCACUGCGCUAGAUAGAUUCAGGGUCCAAUUCUUCACAACGCAACUCCCUGAAUUGCCGUGGAGAAUACUGGGGUGGGCUGACCUCAAAGGCAGAUUUAUUUAUGGAGUGGGGGGGGUCAUGCUCCUAAGUCAGAUAAAGGCUUCCAAGGUAGCUUAUAAAUUGUAGAAGGCUCGUAAUAUAAAAUGAUGCAACACAAACGCUCAAGAAGAGAAGAAAAUGAGCAACCUUGCGUUCCAUAUCCUGUCUGUUUGUUAGAUCAGCAAACGUUGCCCUCUGGUGAAGUCCACAGAAUAGUGGUUCUAAAAACCUUUACUUAGGAAUUUCCCAAGGUUCACACUCACCUGUAAAACCAGCUGAGAUGAACCGGGAAAGGAGGCUCCCAGAACGCGUUGCCCCUCACUCGGCGGAUGCAGUUAAGCUGUUAGCAUACGGUCUGGUUUUAUAUUUAAGUGAAAUAUGUAUUUGUUGUGUUUUAUAAGUUGUUCCUCAGGGCUUAUUGACACCGAACUGUGCUUUUGCCAUGAGUUUUCCCUGCAAAAACCCACCCUUUAAAGCGGAAGCGCAACAAAUGGCAAUUCGGGUUUUCUGCAGGUUGCUGCUUCUGCCAAUUCAGCAGGAAAGAGCGGGUUUUCAGGGAGAAAGCUCAGUCAGAGAAAGAGCAGUCGGACAUGGAGUUUUAAAGUGUGGGCAAUGCCUGGAAAACACAAAGUUAAGUGGGAAUAAGCCCUCCCUCUGGGAUUGUGUGAAUAAUGAAGAGUGGGGUACAAACAAUUUAACCGGAUGCUUUAAAAGGCCUCUUGUUUGAUGGCCUCUUUUAAUAGAAUCAUAUAAUUGUGGAGCAGGUAGGGACCCCAAGGGUCAUCUAGUCCAACCCCCCUGCCAUGCAGGAAUCACAGCUAAAGAAUCCCCGACAGACCUCUGCUUUAAAAGCUCCGAUAAAGAAGAGUCCGCCACCUUCAUGAUAUUGGACAUAUAUAGGUGAAUGUUUAUUGGUUAAUGUUUUAAUAGGAUUGGUUUGUUCUGUAUUUUAGCUACUCUUUUUUUUUUUAAUUGUUCCAUAUUUUAACAGUGUGGUGCAAUUGGUUUUUGUGUUUGGCAAAUUGCUUAGCAUCAAGCGGCAACAGCAUAAAUAAUCAAUUAAUAAUAGUAAUAACGACCCUGGGAGUCCCUUCGCAACUCUACAGUUCUGUGAUUCUAUGCAGGGCCGUCUUUUGCAGAUGUGGCGCUGGGGUGCAAAUAUCCGCCCAGCGCCCCCAAAUUACCACGGAUAGUGUUGGGGUGGCCGUAGCUGCGCACUGCCAGCCAUCGGGGGGCGCAACUCUCCUCCAUUCUGUUGCGGGAGAGCGAUCCCCGCAGAGGUUUGGGAGUGAAGUUGCGCCCCCCCAAACCUCCUUGGGAGGAGAGCGAUCCUCGCAGAGGCUUGGGAGGGAAGCUGCACGCCCGCCAGCCUUAUGGUUGGCGGGGCACAGCUGGCAGGCGUGCAGGGAAAGGGGAGGCCGCCGGCAAAGCUGCACAGCUCCCCCACUUUCUGGGGCGCCCCUGGGAGGCUGGCUCCCUGGCGCAACGCACCACUAAGCCCUAUGGGAAAGACGGCUCUGAUUCUAUGGAAUAAUAUAAAUGAUAAAAUCUGCCAGCUUUUUAGCUGGAGCACCUUCCUUUUGCUUCCCACCUCUGCUGCAGCCCUGCUGCAGCUCCGAGGCUUAAGGGGGCACCCGUGAAUAACAAUUGUCCCCCUCGCAUCUCUCGAAGUCUCCCAAGAAAGCCAAGAAGCGAUCCGAAGGCGCCAACUCCAACGUCUUUUCCAUGUUUGAGCAGGCUCAGAUCCAGGAGUUCAAGGAGGUACGUCAAGACAGCCCAAGAAGAAAGGCGGCGGGGGGGGGGGGAAGAAUGGCCUUUUGGGGAAGAGUUGCACCCAAAAUCUUCCUAAAUCGUUCUGGUCUUGUUUGUUUUUUCAAAAAAAUUAUUGCGUUUCCAAAUUUAUAUAACAAUAAAAAAAAGAAAACAUUACAUUAAAAAGAAAACAGACAAACAAACAUUUAUCUUAACUGUUAGAUAUCCACUUUUGUACCAUUGUUAUAUGACUUCCUCAAAUCCCACUAGCUGAGUUUCCAAAUUAUUCAUUGUUUUCCAACAGUAUUUUCCAAUAAUAAUUACUUAGUCAUUUAACAUCUUUCUUCCUUUCCAUAUUGACUUCAAUCCAUAGUAUUGUGUAAUUUAACAGAGUUACCUCCUAGGCCAAUCAGUUACUCACAAGUAGUUCUACUUAGAUUUACUUAACAUAUUUAUUUAAAUAGUCCUUAAAUUUCUUCCAUUCCUUAUGAUACGCCUCCUCCUUCUGAUCACGGAUUCUUCCGGUUAGGUCGGCCAGCUCCAAAAAUUCCAUCAUCUUCAUCUGCCAGUCCUCCACUGUUGGUAAAUCUUGUAGUUCCCAAUUUUUAGCUAACAAAAUUUUGUUAGCUUCCUAGAUCAUUCUGAGAAAGCAGUCCAGGCUGGCUGCACACUGAGUCAAAGGGGCAGCUCCACAUUCAAAUCUCACUCUCCACAAGCUCCCCUGAAGUGUCUUUGGCUUAUCUCUCAGUCUCGGUUCCACACCUGUAAUAAAAGCUGCACAUCUUUGCAGGCGUUCCUUUGCUAUACCAAAUCAGCCGGCCGCAGGGAGCCUUGCGUCUUGAGGGCAGGCCAGGCCAAUGCUUUUACUCAUUUAUUUUAAGCGCAGAAUUGCACGCCAAGUCCUGGGUUCUAGAAACCAAUUAAAAGGGGCUUAAAUGGGAAGCCCAGUCUCAGCCGUGGAACCUGUUCACAAUACCAGAGCUUAAACGCUGGAAUACAAGACUCCUGCCAAUUUCAACGCAUGGCAAAACACCAGCAGGUGGUGCAUACUCUGGGCUGACUUUCUCUCUGUCCCCCCCCCCCCACUUUCUAUUUUUGAUCGGUUCUGCAGAACAGAUUUCUGGGUUUGCUCUGGGUGUAGGGAGGGGGAGGCAUUGAAGUAAGGGGGGGUGGACCCAAUCUGGUUCCCAAUUUGCAGUGACCACAUUCUCGCAGCAUUUUGCAAUGCGUUUAUUUUAAAGCCCUCAUGAAAAUUCACCGGCAUUUUAGUGUGAAUUUCUCCUAAUGCACACAUUUGGGGAUGUAAUUUCCCCUAAUAAUAAUGCCAAGAUUCUCAGGAAAGCAAUUUCUGCAUCUAGCAUGACCUUGGGGUGUGGCCAGGUAACACAACUGUGCCCUGAUAUCCCUCAUUUAGGCCUUCACCAUCAUGGAUCAGAACCGCGAUGGGUUCAUUGACAAAGCAGACCUGAGAGAUACGUUCGCCGCAUUAGGUAAGCAAAGAAACCCUAUAAAACGCCCAAAAGCUAGUAAGCAGAACCAGGACAUUUUUAUGGUUUUGUAUCUAGUCUGUUCUGUCUGCUUUUAAAACUGCCUCUAGUGUUUUUAUUUAUUAUGGUGAUGUAUUAUUCAUAACUGUAUUACAGAGGAUUUGUCUGUUUUGCUUUUCUUUACCUUUGUAUAGCAACCUGGUAUCUUUGUAAAAAAAGAAAAGGAAAAAAAGGCAGGUUGCAUUCAAUGCUGGUCCUACGCAGAGUAGACCCACUGAAAAUAGUGAACCUAAGUUAGGCCCCAUCUGCACUGUAUACAUUUAAAGCAGUAUCAUACCACUUUAAAGAGACUACAAUUCCCAUACAGUGUAUUCCUCUUCCUAGGGAACUCUGGGAAUUGUAGUUCUGGGAGGGGGAUAGGGUGCCCUCCUAAUUACUCUCAGCACCCUUCACAAACUACAUCUCCCAGAAUUCUUUAGGGGAGACCGUGCCUGUUUGAAGCCUUGUGAUUCUGGUUUAAAUGCAUAGAGAAAAUGGGGCCUCUUGGGUUCAUUAAUUUCAGUGGGUCUGCUCUGAAUAGGACUCAAGUUGGAUAAAAAAAACCCAAAGAGCAGCCUAGAAUAGACAUACAUACAGCAUGCAUGGAUUUUUUUCAACCAAAAGGCAUAUUUCAAUUGCCAACAUUUUCUCUCCUUUCACCACCCAACUAAAAUUCUCUGCCAGGUCCACCAACUUAAAUUCAGAAUGUCGAUUCCCACAAAGUCUGAAAAACCAAACAUGCAGAAAUCUGAAUCAUUUGCUGUUCAAAGAUCUGGGAUCUUUCUAAAAGUUCAGCCCAAACCAGUCUGCAUUAAUUCAUUAAUUCAUUCAUUUCCUGCAUUUAUAUCUCACCUUUUCCUCCCAGGAGCUCAUUGUGGAUCUCCUCCUGCUCAUUUAAUCUCCACAACAAACCUGUGAGGGAGGUGAGACUGGGAGGCAGAAACUGGCCCAAAGCCACCCAGUGGGCUUCAUGGAUUUGAACGCUAGAUCCCAGUCCAACAUUCUAACCACUACACCACACUGCCUCUCAUGAGCCCUGUGAACUAUUUAUAGUGGCCUGCUGUGUGCCCGGCAACCCUAAUUUUUGCAGUUCCAGGUAGCAAAACAGCCCUCUGGUGGGCCACUGGAUGCAGUUGGUCGGUUGCCAAAGGUUUGGUGGUGGGCCUCUCAAUCUGGUGUGGCCAACACGGUGCUCUCUUUUCAAACUAAAACACCCGUCACCCACGGCUGUCGGCUCUGCUGACUGGGGCUGGUGGAAGUUAUAGUCCCCCAGAAGGCGCCAAGCCUGCUCCUGUUGCACAGGCUUAACGUGAUAAUUCCAAGAUGUUCAAUAUUUGAAAGGAUCAUCGACAAAUCUCCCCUAGAGUUCUUCUACAGUGGUACCUCAGGUUAAGAACGUAAUUCGUUCUGGAGGUCCGUUCUUAACCUGAAACUGUUCUUAACCUGAGGUACCACUUUAGGCAAUGGGGCCUCCCGCUGCCGCCGCGCAAUUUCUCUUCUCAUCCUGAAGCAAAGUUCUUAACCCAAGGUACUAUUUCUGGGUUAGCAGAGUCUGUAACCUGAAGCGUAUGUAACCUGAGGUACCACUGUACUCCAGGCAUCCCCACCCUGCGGCCCUCCAGAUAUUUUGGCCUACAACUCCCAUGAUCCCUAGCUAAUAGGACCAGUGGUCAGGGAUGAUGGGAAUUGUAGUCUAAAACAUCUGGAGGGCCGAAGGUUGGGGAUGCCUGCUCUACUCUGUCGUGUUUCCCUCCUUCCUCAGGACGCUUGAAUGUGAAGAAUGAAGAACUGGACGACAUGGUCAAGGAAGCUCCUGGGCCUAUAAAUUUCACAGUGUUCCUGACCAUGUUUGGAGAAAAACUUAAAGGUGAGAUUGUAGGCAAGGGUAGAAGGUGUUUCUCUGCCACCCCCCAUGCCACAAGCAAGGAGCACCUUCUGGGAAGAGGUUCUUGGCAUCGCGUCACUGCCUGCUCCAACCACCUUGCCAUACACAUAGAAUCAGAGUUGUGCGUGCCUGGAGGCGGUUGGAGGAUGGAUGGUGGCUAACAGAUUGAGGGUGAAUCCAGACAAGACAGAAGUACUGUUUUGGGGGGACAGCGGGCGGGUGUGGGGGAUUCCCUGCUCCUGAAUGUGGUAACUGUGCCCUUGAAGGACCAGGUGUGCAGCCUGGGAGUCAUUUUGGACCCACAACUGCCCAUGGAGGCGCAGGUUAAUUCUGUGUCCAGAGUGGCUGUCUACCAGCUCCACCUGGUAUGCAGGCUGAGACCCCACCUGCCCACAGACUGUCUCACCAGAGAGGUGCAUGCUUUAGUUAUCUCCCGCUUGGACUACUGCAAUGCACUCUACGUGGGGCUACCUUUGAAGGUGACCCAGAAAUUGCAAUUAAUCCAGAAUGCGGCAGCUAGACUGGUGACUGGGAGUGGCCGCUGGGACCACAUAACACCGGUCCUGAGAGACCUGCAUUGGCUCCCAGUACGUUUCCAAGCACAAUUCAAAGUGUUGGUGCUGACCUUGAAAGCCCUAAAUGGCCUCGGUCCUGUAUACCUGAAGGAGCGUCUCCACCCCCAUCAUUCAGCCCGGACACUGAGGUCCAGUGCCGAGGGCCUUCUGGUGGUUCCCUCACUGCAAGAAGUGAAGUUACAGGGAACCAGGCAGAGGGCCUUCUCGGUAGUGGCGCCUGCCCUGUGGAAUGCCCUCCCAUCAGAUGUCAAGAAAAUAAGGAACUAUCUUAUCUUUAAAAGACAUCUGAAGACAGCCCUAUUUAGGGAAGUUUUAAAUAUUUAAUGCUGUAUUGUUUUUAACACCCGGUUGGAAGCCGCCCAGUGUGGCUGGGGAAACUCAGCCAGAUGGGCGGGGUAUAAAUAAUAAAUAAUAAUAUUAUUUAUUAUUAGUAUUAUUAUUAUUAUUAUUGGAAGGGACCCCAAGGGUCAUCUAGUCCAACCCCCAGCAAUGCAAGAACACCCACCCCCACAGUGGUGGAGAGAACAGGCUGGCCUCCCAUGAGUAUUUCACUUUCCAGAUCUCUUUUCUGUGACUUUCAGGUGCGGAUCCAGAAGAGACUAUUCUGAACGCUUUCAAAGUGUUCGAUCCAGAAGGCAAAGGCCUGAAGGCGAACUAGUAAGUACCUGUGGAACUCCCUCCCACAUGAGGCAUGGAUGACCACCAGUUUGGAUGACUUUAAAGGGGGGCGGGCGGACAAUUUCAUGGAGGAAAAGGCUAUCGAUGGCUCCUAGCCAUGGUGCCUACGCUCUGUAUCUACAGUCAGAGCAGUAAAUCUUCUGAAUACCAGUUUCUGGAAGCCACAGGAAGGGAGAAUUGCUCCCGCGCUUGCAUCCUGCUUGUGGGUUUCCCAUUGGGGCAUUGGCUGGCCACUGAGAACAAGAUGCUAGCCGAAAUGAUGUUGGUGCUGAUUUUGGAAGCUUCGCAGCGAAUCCUUUCCUGUUUCAACCUUUGAUUACGAGAUGCGAGGGCCAUCUGUCUCUCAGGCCCUUCAAUUAAAGGCUGCAGCCUCUGCUCCUCUCAAAGCUUUCCUUGUCAUUUUGCUCUGGGGUUUUGCUCCCUCGUGGUCCUCCAUCUGUCCCCUGCUUUGUCUUGCAGCAUCAAGGAGAUGCUGAUGACGCAAGGAGAACGGUUUUCGAAGGAGGAGGUAAGAGGAGCUUGGGGACUGGCAGGCAUUGAAUGGGCUAAAUGGGAGGGCAGGAGCUCAGAAACAGAAGAGGAACAGCUUAGCAUUCAGUGCCUGCCUUCUGCAUAGCUGUCAAGCGUCCCUUAUUUGGCGGUACAGUCCCUUAUCCCAGUGCCAUGUCCCGCUGCUGUCCCUUAUUGAUGAGGCUUCAUUUGGCUGCUGGCUGGGCUUUCUGCCUUUGGCUCGGAGGGGCUCAGAAGUUGAACAUACCUGUGCCCGGAAAAUCCCUUAUUUUGUCUGCUGAUCCCUUAUUUUCGAGGCUGCUGGUCCCUUAUUUUCAAAUCUGUAAGUUGACAGCUAUGCUUCUGCAUGUAGAACUGGGGGAAACUGCUGUCCUGGACCUUGGACUACUGCUGUCCAUCACGAUGUGCAAUACUGAGACCACUGCUCUGCCUCCUAUGCUCCUAGAAUAAAUUGUAGAACUCUAGAGGACCCUGAGGGUCAUCUAGUCAAGCCAGGGGCAUACAUAGACUCCCUUGCACCUUUGGUAAGGAGCCGUAUCAGUGCCCCUGCCCCUUGUGUUCCUCUGCCAAGGAGCCCAGAGGAACCUGUGUCCUUGCCUGGCCACCCAAAGCCGUGCAGAAACAAGCAGGUAGACUCAUAUCCAGUCCGAGCCAGAGUGUGCUGGUCCUGUGGGUUACCCGAGAGAUGAGGUCCAAGUCCGCUCCAUGGUCAAAGGUGCAACGUGGAGGCAGUCCGUAGUAGCUGAAGCUGGGUGCAGGGCAGGGAAGAAGAAGAAGAAGAAGAGUUUGGAUUUGAUAUCCCGCCUUUCACUCCCUUUAAGGAGUCUCAAAGCGGCUAACAUUCUCCUUUCCCUUCCUCCCCCACAACAAACACUCUGUGAGGUAAGUGGGGCUGAGAGACUUCAGAGAAGUGUGACUAGCCCAAGGUCACCCAGCAGCUGCAUGUGGAGGAGCGGAGACGCGAACCCGGUUCCCCAGAUUACGAGACUACCGCUCUUAACCACUACACCACACUGGGAGUCGGGUGAAGUCAGGAACAGGCAUGCAAGCAGGGAGCCAGGACGGGUCAGGAGCUCAGGCAGGAAAGCAGGACAGGGUUCAGGCAGGAACAAUGUUGCUCCGCAACUUGGGAAUGGGGCUGGCCGGCUUUUAUCUGCCCCGAGGCAUAGGGCGGCCCCAAUCUUCUGGUGACUCGCCUCUCCUGGCCUGGAGGUGAGCACUCCUCCUGCGGGAACUUAGUUCCCUCCGCCUCUCUGCCCUGAGCCUCUGCAGCUCAGGAGAGGCUGAAGGGUCACCAGACCCAGAGGCAACCUCAGCCUCCCCUGACGGGGCUGGGAGUGGAGCACCUGCAGGCAAUGGGUCCUCCAUCACUUCAGGAGCCAGGGCAGACUCAGCUGAUGCCUGCACCUGAGGACUCAGCACAGGUGAGGACCCUUCAGGCUCAGGCCCCAGCCCUGGCUCAGCUGGUUUUGGAGGCGGGGAAUCCUGUGCAGGCUGGGAUCCCUCAGGUUCAGCAUCCGAGUCCAAAUCCCAGGCCAUCACACCGAGUGAAGUGCAUUUUUUGCACCCCCUUGGGCCAACCAGGCCAUUCCCUGCCUAGCCCAACCUCCUGCAAUGAUUCAAAUCUCAACUAAAGCAUCCCUGACCGAUGGCCAUUCAACCUCUGCUUAAAAACCUCCAAGAAGUCCACUACCUUCCCAGGGAGUCCAUUCUACUGUCAGACAGCUCUUACUGUCAGAAAGUUCUUCUCUUCUUGUAACUUGAAGCUAUUGGUUUGGGUGCUACCCUCUGGAGCAGGAGAAAACAAGCUUGCUCCUUUCAUGUGACAGCCCCUCAGAUAUUUGAAGAUGGCUACUAUAUCUCCUCUUUUCCAGGCUAAACAUCCCCAACUCCUUCAACCGUUCCUCAUAAGGCUUGGUUUCUAGACAUUUGAACAUCUUGGUUGCCCUCCUCUGCACACCUUCCAGCUUAUUUAAUUCCACCCUGCAUCAAGAACGUAGAGCAGCUCCCUUUAUUUUUAGGGACAGGCCAUAUCUGAGCAGCAGAGCACGUGCGUUGCUAGCAAAUGAUCCUAGGAUCAUUUCCCAGCAACUCCAGGUAGGCUGGAAAAGUCUCCUGUCUGAGACCUUGGAGACUUCCUACCCGACAGUGUGGACAAACCUGAGCUAAAUGGACCAAGGGGUCUCUCUCUGCUUUCCUCCAGGGAACCCUGGGAAGUGUAGUAUUGUGAGAGCAAGCGAGAGGACUGUGCUCUCACUCUGUGCUCUCAUCUCAGCAGCCCCGUCCGUAUGGAACAGGAUGCUGGCCAUUGGCCUGAUCCAGCAGCCUCUUCAUAUAUUAAUAUUAAAUAUUUUUUACUUAGUAAUGUUGCUUUUCUGCUGGCGGGGCACCAGCAGGCAUUCAGCAGUAUUUUUACAGUAAACCCCCCAGGACUAAUGAUAAGGAUAAUAAGGCUCCCUGUCUAAACACAUUGACAACUCCAGAAGGACUUACUUCCAAGGAAACAGGCAUAGGGUUGACCUGCAUGUCUACUGAGAUAUAAGGCCCAUUGAUUUCAGUCCAAAUUAUUCCUGGGUAACUGCGCAUAAGAUUGCAGGCUAGAGCUUGGGUUGAUUAAGAGUGCAAUCCUCUAUGCACACUUGGUUUGGUGUAAGUCCCACUGAGCACCCAUCUUAAGGGGCUUAAAAGGUAAAGGGACCCCUGACCAUUAGGUCCAGUCGUGGCCGACUCUGGGGUUGCGGCGCUCAUCUCGCUUUAUUGGCCGAGGGAGCCGGCGUACAGCUUCCGGGUCAUGCGGCCAGAACGAUUAAGCCGCUUCUGGCGAACCAGAGCAGCACACGGAAACGCCGUUUGCCUUCCUGCCGGAGCAGUACCUAUUUAUCUACUUGCACUUUGAUGUGCUUUUAAACUGCUAGGUUGGCAGGAGCAGGAACCGAGCAACGGGAGCUCACCCCGUCGCGGGGAUUCGGACCGCUGACCUUCUGAUCGGCAAGUCCUAGGCUCUGUGGUUUAACCCACUGCACCAUCCUUACAGGGCUUGCUUACUUCUAAAUAAAUGUGCAUAGGGUUGUGCUGCUUGAGCAUCAGUCAAAGCAGUUAGAGGACUGCAAUUCCAGGUAUAACCGGUGCAACGUUGGAUAAAAUGAACCUCCAGAGAACUUUUCCCUGCCUGCUUCUUUCCGGCAGAUAGACCAAAUGUUUGCAGCCUUCCCUCCCGAUGUGACCGGCAACCUGGACUAUAAGAACCUCGUCCAUAUCAUCACUCAUGGAGAGGAAAAAGAUUGAAGCCCGGGAGAGUCCCUUUCUAUGGGCCUGGAAUGGUACACAGUGGGGCUUCCUUCUCCUCACAGCUCUGUUUGUUCCUCACCGUGAAAACUGGGGUGUUCACAGGCUUCCUGAUAGUUCUUGUCUUCUUGGUGUUCCCAGUCCCUUGUCCGUCUUCUUUGUGUGAAAGAAUUCAUUCGUGACUUGAGAAACAUUUCCAAAAUUG